AUGUCAAGCGCGAGUUUCCGCCAGGAACCUUUCCGGACGUGGAAUCCUUUCCAGGACAAAUCCCAUUUCCGGGAUUCCCUCAGUAUCCAUCGCUACCCAAGUCCUGUCUCCAUCACUACCAUCUCGCCUUCAUCCAAUUCUAGCGACCUGGCUUCGAAGCAUAAGGAAGCCCAUCCGCACAAAUCUGAGCGGCACCCUCUUCCUGCCCGACCGCCGGUGGAGGUUUGCCUUGAUGGUAGGCGACCUCAGGAGGCCAGCACUCCUCCGCACCAGCCCGCAGUAGAGGACUAUACAUUAUGCGUUGAUCCUGAAACUGAGAAUUUUGGCUUCGAGGAUAUCCUGCAGUUGCAAGAUUUACCAAUUUCUGAAGAUGAAGUCCAUUCCAUGAUUUGUGACAAUGUGGGCCUAGGGUCUCAGCGCCCACUCGGUUUCGAUUCGGAUGAUCUGGGGCUCACUCCCACUCUUGGUUGGCAUUCGCAAGUUGGCAGUGCUGGAAGCCCUUUUCUGACAGGGGGGCAUUCUGACGCGACGAUUGAUCCAGCAAUCCUCGACGAUCACCAACUUCGACAUAUUGAGCAGACACCAGCAACAGCAACAGAGGUAUUCCCCACUAUUGGGACCCCUUCUCCCUGCUCGGCGGAUGGAAUUGCCCCUCGCUGCAGGCGACAAAUUUCGCGAAAGACAGACACACCAGGGCAGCAGCGGUCCAAAAAGGACAGACUUGCUGUCAUCGUUGACAAUCGCCCAACGAACCGGACCGGAAAUUUUACUCGAGUAAAUCAUCGCAAGAAACUCUCAUUUUCUACCUUACGUGAUCAGUUCUCUACGUUGCCCGUUGAAGAGCGGCUGCAGUUCUUGUCCUGGUUGUUCGAGGGUGCCCUAUCUCAAUGCUUCCAUUCGCCUUCUUUCACGAAAGACGCAUCAGCGUCGAGCUGUAUUCCCAGAAGAGAGGAAGCUCCCACUACACUACCGGAACAAUCAAAUGCCGGCACGCAAGUGGUCGAUACAAAACAUACCUAUCGCUCAAGAAAAGGAUUACCAUGGUCCAUAGAAGAAGAUCAGCUUCUGGUGAAACUUAGGCAAGAAGAAAAUCUUUCUUGGUCGGAAGUGAUCAAGCGAUUCAGCCAGGAGUUCCCUGGAAGGAAGCAAGGCUCCAUACAGGUUCACUGGAGCACAACGCUCAGGAAACGGCAACCAUCUUGA